AUGACUACUUCUGUUGUGUUUCUGUGGAGUUUUGACUUGAAUUGCUGAAUAGCUGUCUCACCCCGGCAUUUGUCAAACCUUUCAUUUUCCUCUCCAGUGGCGUGCGUUUAUCAAAACUCCGGAAAACAUUUCGGGACCGAAAUUUUUCUUGUCGGUUUUCUGUUGAACAACUGCACUUACUAGUGCCAAUAUUUUUGUAUUAAAUAUUUUCUUGUAUACAACCAACCUCUGCGGCAUUUUUUCGUAGCUCGAUAGCUCUUUGUCUCUUCCCUUUUCACAACAAAGUUGUAAAAUGGGUCUCACUGUUCCUCACACUUGAAUAUGCUAAAAUUACACAUCAUGCAUGUGUUUUUUAACUUCCUACACAGUUCACACAUUAUAUUUAUUUCUUAGCAUUAUAUUUGUUUCUUACUACCAGUGGGGUUUACCUUUCAUCGUAAGGCAUUUAUUUGUUUUCCUCUAUUAAUAUGAUAGAGUUUUUGUAGAUUGUGUGUUGUUUCUUUCACUACUGUCAUUGAUAGUUUAUUUACUAUGCCACAUUUCGUAUGACAGGAUGUUCUGGACAGAGGAACAUGAUGUCAUUUUAGUCAGAGAAAUGCUAGCGAACAGCCAGCCUUUGCUGGCACAAAACGUGGGACAGUUCAAAGAGGUCGGAAGUGGAACAAAUCUCUGAGCGCCUUUUGCAAGUAGAAGCCCCCAAAUUUAAGGUUGACCAGAGAGGUGUUAGAGAAAGGUAUGGUCUACUUGCCAAAGCAUACAGGAGGAAAAUUAGAGAGGAGGAAAGAGCAAGUGGGAUUAGCACCCCAGAAUUGACAGAGGUAGAGCAAGCCCUGGAAGACCUCAUUGCGAGAGAAGAUGAGGCUGAUCGAGACCAACAGGAGACAGCAGCACAAAAGAGGAAGGUAAAGGAAGAUAAGAAAGAUGCUGAGGAAGUGAGAAAGAGGGCAAUGGAGAGGCUGGGAGACAGAAUGAAGAGAAGUGAGGUUGAAGGAAAGGGGAAGAAAAGAAGAUCAAGUGGAAACAAC